CCCCUUACCGCGGAGCGCGCGGCGCCGCCCGGCAGCGGAAGGCGGCGGGGCCCGGCCGGCGGCACUUCCGGGGCGGUGCCGGAAGCGGCGGCGGCUGUGGAGGGGCCGCCAUGGUGUGCGACAAGUGCGAGAAGAAGCUUGGAACAGUGAUCACUCCUGAUACAUGGAAAGAUGGUGCAAGAAACACUACAGAAAGUGGUGGUCGCAAAUUAAAUGAAAACAAGGCAUUGACCUCAAAGAAGGCAAGGUUUGAUCCUUAUGGAAAGAACAAAUUUGCAAUAUGUCGCAUUUGUAAGAGUUCUGUCCACCAGCCAGGGUCCCACUACUGUCAAGGAUGUGCCUAUAAAAAAGGCAUCUGCUCAAUGUGUGGCAAGAAGGUCUUGGAUACGAAGAACUACAAGCAAACUUCUGUCUAAUUGUACUGACUAGUCUUUUUAUGAUUGUGUCUUUGUACAGUAACUUUUUUCUAAAAUGAUUUGUGAAUAAUACUUUCUGGAAGAUAGUACUUGGAAUGAGAGGUAAAGACAGACUGCUUGCCUAAAAUGUACAUAAUAUUUGAUUAUUGUUGUUUUAGCAUUAGUAUUAACUGGUAUUUAAAGAUAAUUGCUUUCAGCAACUGUUAGAGUUCAAAGGGAUGGAGAAGAUGCUAGUGGAUAGGUUAAAACUAGAUUACCAUUAGAACACAGAUCUUUGAGAUGAAUACUUUUUUUUUCCCCCUAUCACAAGUCUUCUGCUUGUAAUGGUAAUGGUUUGUACAUUAAAUAUGAACUUGCAUCUCCUCAUUAAAGUAUCUUUGUUUAGUUGUAUGGCCUAUAAGUAUUUAUAAUCAUUCUCAUCCCAAACUAUUAUGACCUUACUCUUCAGAUUUUAAUUCAAUUGUCCUCUUGUAUUUUGUUUCUGCCUACAGUAUGGUUGGUUAAAUCACAUAUUGUUAAGCUCGUGAAAUCUGGUGUGUUGCCCUGCCAGUUCUUUCUUUGGCAUUGUUGUGGUUUAGCCCCGCCAGCAACCAAGCCCCACAGAGCUGCUCCCUCACUCCCCCACCAUCAGGACUGGGGAGAGAAUUGGAAGGGUAAAAGCCUGUAAACGUGGGAUAAAGACAGUUUAAUGGGGAAAACAAAACACAGAAUUAAUUCACUAGUUCCUGUGGGCAGGCAGGUGUUCAGCCAUCUUGAGGAGAGCAGGGCCCCAUCACGUGUUACGGUUUCUUGGGAAGACAAACUGAUCACUCAGAAUGUCCCCCCUUCCUCCUUUUCCUCCCACUUUAUACACUGAGCACGGUGUCAUAUGGUCUGGAAUAUCCUUUUGGUCAGCUGGGGUCACCUCUUCUGGCUGUGUCUCCUCCCAGUCUCCCAGACAGCCCCAACUUGCUUCCCAUUGUGGCAGUGCAAAAGGCAGAAAAGGCCUUGGCUCUGUGUAAGCCCUGCUCAGCAAUAACAAAAACAUCUCUGUAUUAUCAACUCUAUGUUCAGCACAAAUCCAGAACACAGAGAAAUCCAGAAUCCAGAACACCCACUAAAAGUGGUUGAAACGAUCUCCACCCCAUCCAAAACCAGCGCAGGCAUUAGGACUGAGACUUUACAUAUGGUAUCAGGUGGCCCAAGGUAAUAAAAUAAUGAGCAUCAAUUUCUAAAUAUCUCAGUCUCAUCGUUUUCUAAGUUAGUCUGUCUUUUAAAUACUUGGUUUGAUUUCUAUGCUGUAAUUGCUUAGAUAUGUGUCAAAUUUAAAGGAUUGAAGCAGGCUGCCUGCUUUUCAGCUCUGGUUUGAUACAAGGGGUCAGUCUCUGAGCAUGAGAGGCUGACUGUGGCUCUGCAGUUGUUUUGUCUUUUGCUUAGUUUCUACAUAUGAAAGCAGUUUAUGUUAUGGAGCAUAAUGAUCACUCCCUUUGCAUGUAUUUUAAGAAAAAGGAUUAGUCAUUCUUAAUUCAUGGUAAUUUUUUAAUUAAUUAUUAAUUUAGGGCAAAGAAUUAUUAAUUCUUAAUGCAUGGUGAAGUUUUUACUAGACCUAUUUAAGUGUUUACUCCCCUGUAACCUCCUCUUGGCAAUUUCAUGCUUCUGCAAAUGUCUUUCAACUGUAACAGAAAAACUAUCAAUUCAUAGGAAUUUCUCUAUGAACAGAUUCUGGUUUGGAUUUCCUUUUGUUCUCAUAUUAUUACAGAGGAAACUACAUGACUAAUGGAAACUGAAAAAAUUGCUAUUCUUUCUGUGGGGCAAAAUGAAGAACACUGGGCUUAUAGGUAUCCUCUUUGCUGUUGCCUUCCUGCCAUGCAGUAGUUGUGCUGCGAAUAGCCCUCUAAAGGGGAUUAUCUGACAUUUCCUGGCAUCCUUAUCUAUCAAUUUUUGAGCAUUUAUCACCAAAGUUUCUCGUUCAAAUGUGUUGGCUUCCUGCAGUUGCUAAAGCGGUAACUAUUUUUGGCGUUUUGUAUUUGCUGAGAAGCAUUGUCAGGAUAGUGGAAUGAGCUGGGCCUCCCCAAAGAAGAGAGGAAUGCUGCUGCUUUUUAUUGCAAAAGCUUCUCCUACUGUAACAACUGCAUGGAGGUACAUGGAUUAGCUAGCUGGUGGUAACUUGGUGCUGGCCACUUGUUUCCAAACACAUCAAGGAAUUCCCAUAUUGGUGUAUAUCUCUAUGACACAUCCUUUAUAUGGGUGAGAAGAAAAUGUCUGUAAUUGGCUUCAAGUUUCACAGCAAAUCUUGUCAGCAGUGUGUGUGACAAUUUCAGGUGUCAGGUUCUCCAAUAAUCCCUGAAUUCUUCACCCUUUAUGGAUAUGUGCUAUAGGAUUUAUUGAUUUUUGCUAUUCUGUGAAUAAAACUUCUUUUCCUAAAA